UGAUAGUCAUGUGACAGUCACAUGAUCUCGUCCAUGAUUAAAACAAAACAAGAAGUUCAUGACUGAUGAUAAAUAAGUGCUUGAUUAUAUUAUAUUAUUGAUGUAUUAUACUGAAUGACAAUGUUUCAAUCUAUAAACUUAAUAUUUGUUUUGAUACCUAUUUGUCUAGGUGCAAGUUUUCAGAAUGGAAGUGCUUAUUGUAAAUCAAAGGCUUGCACUUAUACAGCUAAUCAAAUAGAUCAAACAGGAGCCACAGCAUUUGGUACAUUCAAUGAUACUUUAUUAGAGAAUGGUUGGGGUAUUUUAGAUAUUGUGGCUGGAUAUGGUAAAGUUCAGUCAGAAAAUGAAGACAUUAUGUUUGCUGCAGGGUUUCUUGAAGGAGUUUUUACUGCUUCGAAAAUAGCUGAACAUUAUGAGAAUGUAAGAGGUAUAUUUUUUAAUGGUAAAGGAAGUGCAGCAUUAGAAGAUAAAAUAAAACAAUAUUUUAUUGAUCAAGAUAAAUGGAUGAGAAAAAUGAUAAAUGAAAAUGCUCCAAAAGAUCCUAUUUGGAGACAUGUUAGUUAUAUUAUAGCUCAAUACGAUGGUUUGAUAGAGGGAUAUAAAGCAGCUAGACUGACAGAGAAAACAUUACCAAAUUUAGAUGUAUAUGCUUUCCAAGUAUUAAAUGGCGUUGGUGAUUUGAUAGAUUUAACUAAAGUUGUCAGUCCUGAAACAAUACCAGAUUGGAGAAAGAUGAGCCAUGAUGAAGCUAUGAGAUAUUUAGCUACAAGUGGUCACUGUUCUGCUAUGGUCAAGGUUUUAGGGGCCUUUGAGAAUAUUUUCAUGUCCCAUUCUAGUUGGUUUGCAUAUGCUGCUACAAUGAGAAUUUAUAAACAUUGGAACUUUAAUGUCAAUGAUUCUGCUACCUCAGCUAAGAAGAUAUCAUUAUCAAGUUAUCCUGGAUUCUUAGAGUCAUUAGAUGAUUUUUAUUUGAUGAGCAGUAAUAUGGUAAUGCUUCAAACCACAAAUAAUGUAUUCAAUGCAACACUAUAUAAAUCUUGUACACCAGAAAGUUUAUUUGCUUGGCACAGAGUUAGAGUGGCCAAUAUGAUGGCUAACUCGGGACAAGAAUGGGCGAAAGUUUUAUCUAAAUACAACUCAGGUACAUAUAACAACCAGUAUAUGAUAAUUGAUUUAAAACAAAUAGUAUUAAAUAAAGAAGUAAAAGAUAAUGCAUUAUGGGUAGUAGAACAGAUACCAACUUUGGUGGCUGCCGGAGACCAGAGUCAAAUUUUACGAACUGGUUAUUGGCCAUCCUAUAAUGUACCAUUUUUUGAAGAAGUCUAUCAAAAGAGUGGCUAUCCAGAAUUUGCCGCAAAACAUGGUUUAGAUUCAACAUAUCAGUUAGCUCCAAGAGCUAAAAUAUUCCGAAGAGACGAGGGAAAAGUUGUAGAUAUAGAAUCAUUUAAAAAUAUUAUGAGAUAUAAUGAUUAUAAAAAAGAUAACUAUAGUGAAGAUAAUCCAUGUAAUACUAUCUGUUGUCGUGGUGAUUUAGAUACCAAGUCACCUAGAGCUGAUGGUUGUUAUGAUACCAAGGUAACAGAUUAUAACAUGGCUCUGAACCUGCAGGCUGAAAUAGUAAAUGGACCAACAUUGGGUGAUAAUUUACCUCCUUUUAAAUGGGUACCACCAUUCAAUGGUUCACAUGUAGGGUUACCCAAUGUAUACAACUUUCCAUUUAUAAUGGCACAACCUCGCUGGCCAAAAUUAUAGACAGUUGCACAGAUUCCAAAUGAACACCAAAUGUCAAGUCUUUUUCUACUCCAAGUUUGUCAAUUUUUCCUAUUGCUCAAAAAUUAUUUUUUACUACUUAAAUUUUAGCCUGGUAGUUUUUAUUCUUACAACUGAUUAUUGUUAUCUCUCUCUCUCUUUAUUAAUGCUGUACUCUUUUUAACUGAACAUUGUAUUCUCUGAUACCAAAUUAUUGACACUUUCAAGAAUUUUUGUGUCUGGUUCUUGCACUUUUUUUUAACUUUCCUAUAAUGUAAAAUAUUUUUAGAAAGGCUCAAAGCUAAUCAGUGUUAAGAUAUUAUAAUAAUAAUAAUUAUUAUCAUCCUUACAACACUGUUGUAGUUUUACCACACCUUACUUACUCUUUUUAAAAGUAAAUGCCAAAAUAAGUGAACAUUUUCUACCCUAUGAUUGUAUGUAAGCCGCGAUGUUUUUUUGCAAAAGUCGAUUUUUAAACAUUUAUACUAUUUUAUUGGCAUGCAAAGAUAUCUGUACAUAUCCCGGAACUAUUUGAAAUAUAAAAAUAAAGAGUUUUUUUAUGUUAAGUAGCUGAAUAAAUUGUUAAUAUCAUCAUAGUAAUUUCAACUACCAUGCUCCACCUAAAAACUAAUAGGUUGUCGUUGUUUAGAAAUGUUCCAUGAUGUGAAUAGAUAUCUUUGUUUGUUUGCUUGGUAGUAUGCGAGUGAUAAUUUAUGAAGAUUUGAGAAAGUAAAUUUUAUCAAUUUAACUGUAUUGUUAUAGAGGUAUAAAUUAAUAAUGUUAUUUUUGAUAUAAUAAAAUCUGUUUAAUAAAUCAUUUAAAUUGUUUUGCAAAUGAUAUCAGCAAUAUAGAGUAAUAAUG